AUCACAAGUGGUGCUGCUGCUACAAUGCCUGAAACUGAAACCUUUUCAAUCACCGAAGUCAUUGAUUCUCAUCUCCAUAUCUGGGCUUCUCCUCAAGAGGCUGGUGAAUUCCCUUAUGCUCCCGGACAUGAGCCCACUUUACCAGGAAAUAUCGAUUUUUUGCUCCAGCCUCCCUAUCUGGCAUUUUCAUACAAAUUUUAAUGUCUGCUUGAGGUCAAUUACAUGGAAGCUGAUUCUGAUUAGAUUUGAUCAUUGAUGCUGAUACACAAUUUUUCUGAAGUGUAUGGAGGAGGCAGGAGUAGAUGGUGCCCUCAUUGUGCAGCCAAUUAACCAUAAAUUUGAUCAUAGUUAUGUUACAAGUGUUCUGAAGAAAUACCCAACCAAAUUUGUUGGUUGUUGCCUUGCUAAUCCAGUGGAGGAUGGAAGUGGGCUUAAGCAGUUUGAAGAUCUUGUUUUGAAGGAUGGUUAUCGUGCUGUUCGAUUCAACCCAGAUUUGUGGCCAUCUGGGGAAAAGAUGACAAAUGAAGUUGGGAAGGCAAUUUUCCAAAGGGCUGGAGAACUCAAUGUACCAGUGGGCUUCUUGUGCAUGAAGGGGCUUGGUCUAUAUAUUUCUGAAAUUGAGGAGUUGUGCACCGAAUUUCCCUCAACAGUUGUAUUGAUUGAUCACUUGGCCUUCUGCAAACCACCAUUAAAUGAAGAGCAAGGUCUUGCCUUUUCUCAGCUUUUGAAUCUAUCUAGAUUCCCACAAGUAUAUGUGAAAUUUAGUGGCCUUUUUAGAGUGUCAAGAGUGCAGUUUCCUUAUCUGGAUUUGUCUCCUCUGUUGUCCCAAGUUGUCUCUAGCUUUGGUUCUAACCGUGUAAUGUGGGGCAGUGACUUUCCGGAUGUUGUUCCUGAAUGUGGCUACAAAGGAGCCAAAGAAGCAGUGAAUCUUAUUGCCAAUCAGAUCUCUUUACCUUCAUCUGAUUUAAAAUGGAUCAUGGGGAAGACGGUUUCACAACUCUUCCAAAACCAAGUGAUUGCUGCCAAGUGCUAAGCAAGUUUUUCAUUGAGAUUUGAGAGUAUGAGUGAUAUCUCUCAGGUUGAGUCUUUCAGAUGUUGUAUUAAAAAUUAUAUGUUGACUGUAACAUGUACGAUUGUGUUGGCAUUAAUGAUGUUUAAUUGUGU